GGGUUGAGUUGCGGUGUGGGCGGGCGACCAAUGGAACAUUGACGUCACUGUUGUGUAGUCGGGGAAGAUGGCGGACAAGAUGGAGCGGAUAGAAGGAGGUGAUGCGGGCUGUGUGUGUGUGUGAGCUGGCUCCAUAGCCAUUGGUGUGUGCUGGUGUCACUGUGAUCCUAUUGCUAUAGACAUCCAUAGCUCACAUGUGUGAGAGAAUAAUGCAUGCCCAGCAGGGCUGUCUGCAUUAAUACACAGCUCAUUAUCACUGUGUGUGUGUGUCACUGCAAUCACAUAGCCAGCUCUACAAUAUGUGCAUCUUUAUUGUCACUUCAUUCCAAAAGGAAUGCACAUGUAGCAUCUUGUAAAAUGGAUGAUAACAGGGUGUAUAGAUAUAUCUCCCAGCUGCAAAGGAACUAUAACUCCCAGGACUCUGUACCAUCUUGGCUGCCAAUUCCUCAUGGGAGUUGUAGUUCAAUAUCAGCUGGAGAGCUACCAUUAGGCCUUCCCUUGACGUUUUAUGGCAAUGCCUAUUGUUUUCAAUUUAUCACAUUCAUGUUUCAUAGAUAUUGCACUGUUUAAUGAAUAUGUAAACCUUUACAUUUAAUCAGAAAGUUUAUACCCUACUCUGGGUGAUUCCCUGUAGCUAUAGGUGUAGGGUUUAGCCUACACUAAUAAUAAGGUCCAUUCUUGCUACUUUCUUUUUUUUUUUUUUGUGGUUGCUGUUCCCAUCAUUCAGCUCAGUAGAUAAAAUGCUCAUCUUGGUAAGUUGUUUCAACUUCACCAGGACCAGAAGAAGAGGCAGAAAAAGCAGUGAACACUAAGACUGUUUCUUCCAGCAAUGAAGGGGAAAGCUCAAGUCGCAACGCAGAGAAAAGGUCUGCUGAACAGUCCUCCGAGGACUCCAGCACCACACCUUGUCCAUCUAAAGUCUCCAAGAUUGGAUUUACAUUUGGAGGUCAAAGUGCAAAGAAGCAACCUUCCAUAUCUAUCAAGCUUGGUGCCAGCGUACGUAGUUCGCAGUUUAUUUCAUUUCCUCCAUCAUGUGUAGUAUUCAUGUGUAUAUAUAUAUUUUACAAUUGCUUCUCAACCUGUGGAUAACAGGAGUGCAUGUUGUAUCAACAUAUGUACAAUAACUUAUUCAGUAUUGUCCCUCUUAUGAAGAAGACAGGGAAAUGCACAGAUACUGGUAAGUUCAUUAUUUAAUGCAAUAAAACCCAAUGAUUGCUUUAAGGCAUGUCUAACGGCUGUAAUGUGGGCAUUAAAACCCCAAAUGUGUGUUGUGGGAGAAUGAUCAUAAUAGACUUACACCAUAGGAUUUAUUAGCUAAAUUCCAAAUUGUAGUAAAAUUAAAUAGGCAAGUUGUGACUAUUGCUGACUUGCGUAAUUUCUACAAUUCACUUAAUUUAACCAAAAUUGUGCUAUUUAGAAUUUGUUUUGUUAUAUUUGAGGGUUUACUGAAAAACUUCAGUGUAUGAAUGUAUGUAAUUGGGGGAAAAAGAAAGCUAUAGGAGUUAAAGAGACACUAAAGACACCUGGAUCACUCAAUUUCAAUGAAGUGGUCCUGGUGCCAUGCCUCCCCACCCCCUUUUUUUUAAAAGAACUCCAGGUACCAUAACAACUUCAUCUAUGUGACGACGUUAUGGUGUCAGGAGGCCCCUUGGCGCACUCAAGGGGUUAGACAGUUCUCAAAUGGUUUAACCUCAAAGUGAGCCUCCAGCGACAAUCUCAACUUCCACUUGGCGGCAUCCGGAUUCUGAAAUCUCAGUUUCAAAAAGCUCAGGGGUGCCGCUGAUUGUCUGAGAGUAGUCAGCUGACGCUUUCAACCAAUUAGUGACUCUCCAUUCAUAAAAUUGGCUGAGAAAGAAAUUGAUCUUUUUUGCUAAUUGUGUGACCCCUUGAGGUAAGAGUGCAUCUGUGGGCCUCCAGGCACCAGAACAACUUCCUUUACAUGAAGUUAUAGUGUCUAAAAGUGUCUGAACUGUGCCUUUAAUCCUGCAAUUAAACAUUGCUUGUUUUCAUGGCAGGGUUUGAAUGCUUCUAGUGGCUGUUACUCAAUCUCUAGCGGUGCUUCUUGUAAAAUAGCAAAGUAAAAUUCUGUUAUUUCUAUCAGAUGGUCACAGAAAGUCCCUCUGAUCGGUGAAGUGCGUUGUUUUGCCUUGCAUGCUCACUAGCCUUCCACUGUUUUCCUACGGUGAGGCAUUGGAUUGGCUGAGAUCAUCAAUUUUGGAAACCAGUGCUGUGAGGUACAAAAGGCAACUAAAAUACCAACAGGGCUUUGCAGUGUUAGGAAUACACAUCUGUAUUCCUAAUGCAAUAGUCCAUAGUGUUUCUUUAUUACUCUGCUGUACAUGGCUGUUUUAUUUCCUGUGUACAAAACAUGAUCAUACAGAUAGAUGAUGGAUGGGACAAGCUUGAAAGUGUAGCAGGAACAGUGACUGAUGGUUGAAAUUUGCAGAAGUGUACACAGAGAUUGGCAGAUUGAAUGUCUGACAUUUUUCAAAUAAAAGGUAUAUGCAUUAGUCAAGGACCUGCAGAAUGUAAAGGAAAAACAAAAAGCUAGCGAUGGACACACUAUUGGAGGUAACUGUCAGUUUUUGUUCAAAAAUGUGAACUGGGAUGAUGGUAACUGUAGACCAGGGACGAUAUCCACUACAACAUGCUGCCGUAGUAAGUAGUUAUACCAUUUAAAGAAGAUUUGACAACUAACCUGAAUCCCACAUGGCACUCAUUGCCAUUUCCCCUGCUUCCUGAAGCUUCUGCAAUGCAGGUUUAGCUGAUGCUCAGUGGAAAUAAAUGAAGCUCAAUUUAAGAGCUUUCAGUACCUGGGGAGGUAGUGACUGGAGCUCGUUUGAACCCCGGGAACUUGUCAAACCGUUCUUAAACAGUUUGAUUACUAAACCUGGGAGGGCACCAAAGCACUUUUGUCACCAUAACCACUACAUCAUACUUUAGUGGUUAUGGUGCAUGGAGUGUUCCUUUAACUGUGUUGUGGUAACAUAUGCAUUUGAUUUAGAUUUGCAAAAUGGUUUUUCAAAUCGAUAGAAUAUUUUCCUUUUAAAAUAUGAAAUACUGUUGGAAAUUACAUUGGCAUCAGUUUUCAAUGGUCUUGAUAAUUCAGUUUUAUGUUGUAGGCCCACAAUUAGACUUUGAUACAAGGCAUAAUAGUGUUUAAUUUUGUUAUGAAUGCUGCCUAUACAUUGUGCAAACUAAUGAGUAGAUUACAAUGUUUUACUUUGUUUACUUAUUGGUACACUGCCAGAUCAGAAUUAAUAAGGUAGAAGUGCUUUGUUUUCUUUUUUGUUUCUCUCCUGUUGUCCCUUGUGUAUAUUUAUCUUGUGCCAACUGCAUAACUGUAUAGGUUUGUCAUUAUUAUAUGAAUUUUAACUUACAGAGCUGCAAUAGGCUAUAUCAUGGCUAAUGAUUAGAACUGUCACUGUAUAUCUGGCAAAGCAUUGUGGAAAACAUAGUUAACAUGAGCUUCCAUAACAGUUGUUAAACACCAAUUUGACUAUAGUGAGCAGUUAUGGUUAUUCAAUUAGGACCAAAUGCCCCUUUACAGAUUAGCAAACAUCAGUGCAUUUCGACUGCAAAAUAUGGACACACGUUCUGAACAUUUUGGUCUAUAAUUAGAAAAUAUACCAGAUUUCAGCUACUUUACUUUAGACCAAAUUUGAAAGCAGGCUUUUUGCCAGUUCUAAUAAAAGCUAUAAUUACAGAAAUCUGUCAUUAGCACCAUUUUAUAAGCUAGCUCCAUGGGAGAAAGGGUUAAUACAAUAGAGGGACCAGUAUAUACACCAGUAAAAGCAUUUUAUUUAAGUUCUUUAAUUUUAUAUAGUUAUUAAAAGUAAAUCAUAUUUCAUUUUUAUUGGACAGUUUGCAUGUGCUGUCAGUGGAAAAAUAUUGUGGAUUUCUGUAGAUUUGCCUGCAAAAAGCAGGUGAAUUUAUUUAGCAGAUUUUUUUUUUUUUUGUAAUUCUUUAUUUUUGUUGUGCGGGAGGUUACAAACAUAUCAACAGGCGCCACAACAGCGUCUCAGGAUUCACAUAGAUUAGACAGUGGCAUGUGCAGAUUUGUAAUUGACCAACUUUGUUUAAAAUAUUGCUAGUGCAGGCUGCGGUUUAAAUUUCGUGACUUUAGUGAAUAACCCGACUAUUGAUCUUGUAAUGUUUACUUUUUUACAUUUUUUUUUUUGUCUCUUCAGAAACCUAAAGAAGUUGCUCCAUCUGUAGUUCCCAAAAAGAAAGCGUUGGCCUCAGUGUUUAAUGAAGAUGAUGUAAGCUAUUUCUUCUUUUUAUAUUCAUUAGUAACCAUUUGUCAUUAUGGACAGCAUUCUACAGGUUUACAUUUCAAAUUCCUACCUGUUAAUUUGGAGGAACUUACACCAGGGCUCAACAUGUCCACUUCUCACUAGUUAUUGGCAACUGAAAAUGUAUCCCUGAGUAGUAAUUCAACACCAGGAGUAUGCUGUGGCAUGCAUUGACGAGUAACUUUUAAAGUUUGGCUAGGAGCUUAGUACAUUAAGUAUCUGUUUAUGAGUUGUUCAAGAGAAAAUAUAAUUCUUGACACACUCAUGCUAUGGAAUAUGCUAUGGUACUAUGUACACUUUGAGUAUAGCAGGAUGCAAACAUGUUAAAUAACGGACAUCUUUUUCUGCAGCUGAAUUGUCACAGAAUACUAACUGAUAGAAAAAUAAAGAACACAGUACCCAUAGCCUUUUUGCACCAUAACCACUACAAUAUGCAGUAGUGAUUGUGGUACUUAAACCCUCAAAUCUUUAUCUCCUAACUGUCCCCGAUCAAUAUGGGUGGGCUCCCCAUUCACUGGAUCCAUUUUCACAGCAUCACCAACAUAUCGUCACUGCAUUCUCUUGCCCAUAGUAUGUGACAGAAUCUAAUACCCAAGCAUGUUCAGUGGUCACCAGUAGUAUUCGGUCCCGUGUGGCAAUGGAGGAAGGACUGGAUAGAGAUGUGAGUAUGUAUCAUGAAAGGAAGUAGAGCUUGUCUUAAAGGAGCACUUAUAGGAUCAGGAACACAAAAAUGUAUUCCUGACCCUAUAGGGUUAAAAUCACCAUCUAUCCACCCUGGUCCCCUCAUGCGUUCUCUAAAUAUAGUAAAUCUUAGUUGUAUUCAAGUCUGCAGCAGCAUGUGCCUGUUUUCAUUAGAUCUGUCUGCUGACAUCAGCAGAAGUGGUAGCCUGAUCCAAUCACAAUACUUCCCCAUAGGAUUGGCUGAGACUGACAAAGAUGCAGAUCAGGGACAAGCCAGCACAAUUCAAACACAGCCCUGGCCAAUCAGCAUCUCCUCAUAGAGAUGAAUUGAAUCGAUGAAUCUCUAUGAGGAAAGUUCAGUGUCUGCAUGCAGAGGGAGGAGAUACUGAAUGUUUGGAUGCAUUUUAGGCAGCCAUGACCCAGGAAGGAUCUCUAACAGCUAUCUGAGGAGUGGCCAGUGAAGUUAUCACUAGGCUGUAAUGUAAACACUGCAUUUUCUCUGAAAAGACAGUGUGUACAGCAAAAAGCCUGAAGGUAAUGAUUCUACUCACCAGAACAAAUUCAAUAAGCUGUAGUUGUUCUGGUGACUAUAGUGUCCCUUUAAGCUCCAUCCUUUGUCAAGAUUGUCAAGCGUAGGAAAAAUACCUAAUACAAAUGAUUUCCUACUUUGUCUUAUGUUUUAAAGAGAAAUAGAUCAGAAAUUAAAAAAAUUAAUUCUGAUUCAAUAGGACAAAGCUAUUUAAUCAAAAGGUGUACUUAGUUUUUCCACACAUGGCUUCUCCAUUUUGGCUUCAUUUUUGUUAAAUCACGACACAGUGUAAUAGGUCAUGUGCUGUUGUUUAUCUGAGAUUAUGUAUACCUAAUUUUAAGACUUGCUAAGGAAAUCAUGAUUGUUAUGUCCUGAUAUGUAAAGCCAUAGAAUUCAAAAAAGGUUUCUUUCUUUUUCCCAUGAUUGUAUAUGCACAAUCAAUAGGGGUUAUGUAUUAUUUAAAAAAAAAAAAAAAUUCAUAAAAUUGGAUUAAUGUUUCCUUCAGCCUUUCAACUGAAGCUGCAGUUUUUGUAUUAUACUUUUGCACAAGUAUUCCUUAAAGCGUUAUACCAAGCUGCAUGAUGUUAUUUGGAGCUGUGAUAUAGUAGGUUUUAUUUGAAUCCUUAUGAGAAAAUAAAAAAGUGUAAAUAUUUAGUGAUCAAUAAAUAUCAUGAGUGAAAUUAGUGUAUAAAUUAAUACCUGCUAUAGUGCAGAGUGUAAAACCAAUACUUUCCAGUAAGAGGUAUGCUAAUAGGGGUGUCUCUAAAUUUCAAAUGAGAAAAGAGGAAGGUGGAAAAUAUGCCAGAAAGAUAAGUAAAAUCUAGUGAGAUCUCAUUAUAUCAUUAGAAAUGCACACUACCUAAGCUGAGUUGUAAAUUAAUUUGAAUACUGAGUGAAUGUCACACUUUUUUUUUUUUUACCAUCAAAGCCAACCUCCAUAUAAAUGGCAUAUAAAUAGGGCAAAAUUUAUGUGGAACCUGGAUUAAACAUAUAUUUUAAAGGUUUGUAUAGCCUAAGCAGCAUUUAUUGAGCUCUCUUCUUUAGAUACUUUCCUUGUGUGCCAGAUUUGUGGACAUUUAGUUCAUAAUGUUAGUGAGAUUUAAAUUUAAGGUGUUACGUCAUAUUUCACCAGUCCAGUACCGGCAUCUUGUAAUACUAAAAAAAAACUAACAAUCAAAGAGUGGUCACAUGCUUGUCAUCUUGUGAUUUGGUGUUUAUUUUGAUGAUUUCUUUUACUAGCCAUUCAUCAUAACAGUAUGCCAUACUUCAUAAAUGUUCUAUAUGUGUGAUGUUACAAAUUGUUAAUGCAUUUGUGUGGUUUUGCAUAUUUAAUAUUCUAUGAUGAUCAUUCUUUGCAGAGUGAACCCGAAGAGAUGCCCCCAGAGGCGAAAAUGCGCAUGAAAAAUAUUGGAAGGUAUAAAAGUCGAAUAUUGCUAGCUAUUAUACUGCUGUCCGGCAUAGGUGGCUCUCUGGCAUAGGUGGCUCUCUAUUUAGGCGGUAGCCUAAUGUCCUGCACUCAUUGGGGACUCGCCUAACUGUAGAGGAGGGCCUGUAGCAUGGGGCAGGCAGCAGAGGGCUGCAGAUUCGGGGGAAGAUUUUCUUUUAACCCUUUGGCUGCUGGAAAGGGGGUUGGGGGUUGCUAGGAAAGGUGGUCCAGAGGGCAUUAUAGUAUAUAAUUCCUUUAAUAUCCUUCUAAAGCCUACAAGAGCCUCCUGGCUCUGAUUGACACAGCCUGCAUGAAAACAAAAUUGUUUCACUUUCAAUCAGAUGUAAUUUACCUUAAACAAUUUUUAUCUCUUGCACUGUAAAUUGAACUUUAAUCACAUACAGGAGACUCCUGCAGGAUCUAGCAAGCUAUUAUUAUAGCAGGGGAUAAAAAAAUCUAAGUUAAAUAGAACUUGCAAUAAAGGAAGAAUAAACUUUAGAUGACUCUUUACAGGAAGUGUUUAGGAAGGCUGUGCAAGUCACAUGCAAGGAGGUGUGACUAGGGUUAAUAAACAAAGUGAUUUAACUCCUAAAUGGCAGAUAAUUGAACAUUGAGACUGCAGGGGUAUGGUCUAUACAUCAAAACUGUUUCAUUAAGCUAACGUUGUUUUGGUGACUAUAGUGUCCCUUUAACUCUUACAUGGCAGAUAAUUGAGCAGUGAGCAUGAGCUUUAUACCAAAACUGAUUCAAUAAGCUAAAGUUGUUUUGAUGCCUCUAGUAACCCUUAAACUUUAGAAAUUCAGUUAGCAGUUAACUAACAUUCUGUAUUUGAAUAAACCACUUUAAAUUUUUGCUUUGUUGUGCAUAAACCCCUAUUGUAAAAUAUGUGAUUUUUGUGAUUUUAAUGUAAGUUAUCUCAAUGCCUUUACCAGGGAUACACCAACUUCUGCCGGACCAAACUCAUUCAACAAAGGCAAGCAUGGAUUUUCAGACAGCCAGAAGCUGUGGGAGCGGAAUAUAAAAUCUCAGUUGGAACGUGUUUCUGAUAAAUGAAAUGUUUGGGUAGAGGGGCUGAAGGGUGUCAUUGGGAGGAAGAUUCCUUUUUUUUAUGGAUGGAUAAAUUUACAGUUGUCGACUUAUUUCUUUUUGUUUUGUUUGUAUUUUUAAGGAAAUGUAUGACACAAAUACACUUGGAGAAAAAUCCAAUAUUGUAUGGCUUUUAUUUGAAAUUUGCAAGCUGUUAAAUUAAAUACGAAAACUAACAGAAUUUCAGCUUAAUUGUGCUAUGUAAAGAAUCAAGCAUAAAAAGGGGGUUAUCCAUAAACAUUGUUGCAUUCAUUUUCAUGUUUGUGCCAGUUGAGAGCAUAUGCCAUUUUCUCUAUGUAUAAAACAAUUACUUCACCUUUUCUACAUUGAAAUUAGAAAGAUAAGCCACCAGAGAAGGUAGAGAUUGUGAAGGUGACAUACGGAGACAAGCUACGGAUAGAGGAAAGCAAACUGGGUUCUAAUUCUCUCAUUUCCGGCAGGUACCUCAACUGGUGCAUUAGCUGACUGUGGAUAGACCUGCUUAUGUUCAUGUUAGGAUUGACCCCACUCUAUACACUGUUGAAAACUUAAGCCAUAUAAUGUAAAUGUUGGAGGUCGAUAUCUGUUGUUCUACCAUUAAUCCCGAAUUGUUCACCUGAUAUGCAGUUCAUCCACAUAAGUGGCCAAUAGGAGACAUCAUAAGCCUUUUGUUGCUAAGGGUAGAUAAUAGCUAGACUUCCAUGAGAUGCCUCCAGUUAGCAGUUCAAUGCUCCCUUCUUGAUGCUUGUGUUUAUGAAAGUCUAAUGCGAUUAUUGGGUACUUAAAUGCAUGUACUUAUUCAACUUUGAAAAUAAAGAUUAUCAAAAAAAGGGAAGAUAAAAUAUAUAUUGCAGCUAGAAUGGCGGUUGACAUGGGUAAUUAGAAGGGCCUAAGCCCAAUUUAAAUAUAACCGCUAAUAAAGACAAGCCUUGCCUGAGGGCUUGGCUUUAAAACAAUUACCACUGGUAAAAUG